GCCCCGUCGUCUUCGCCACCGCCAUCCGUAGCCACCGCCCCGCAGCCACCAAUGGAGAUGCAUGAGGGCGCCCCACUGGGCCGCCGCGUAUUUGAUUCGUGGGAUGACUUCCACGUGUACAUGGAGACAUACGCCAGCCGCAGCUUUCAGCUCUUUCGCAGGCGAACGUCAACCUCUGUGAAACUGCGCAACCGGCGCGUGGUCGAGCGCUUCUCUGCUAAGAUGCCGGCAGAUAGCGUGAGACCUGAGAGCGCGCGUCUCAUUCCAGAGACAUAUCGCAACUACUCGCUCACGCUCGUGUGCACGCACAGCGGCGCCUUCGUGUCCCGGGGAACAGGGCAACGCUCUCGACAGGAUGUUCGAGCUACUCACUGCAACGUACAAGUUAAUGCGUGUUUGAAGCUCGCCGACCCCGUCACCAAUCGUUACCAGGUGAAUGUGACGCGGGCACUAUUGUUGCACAAUCAUCGCGUGGAUAAAGAAACGUUUUUGCAGUACAGCAACACGAGACUGAAUCUCUCGGACGAACUGCUUAGCUGCGUCGAGCUUAUGAGGAAAACAGGAGUCAAGCCCAAGGACAUUCGUACUUACAUAAUGGAGCAUUCGUGCUGCGCACCGACGCUGAAGGACGUGCAGAAUAUUCUGCAUCGGCUGCGCAACCAGGAGGAAGCGGCAGUAGCAGUCGCCAAGGCAAAAAACACCAAUCAACAACAAACAGAAGCUGUUGCACCGCCCAAUAAUCAAAGAUUUGAGCCUGCCACCCCAAAGCUGACUUCAGAUGAGCAAGUCUUGCAUGACUACCGCCUCACUCUACCUGUUUCCGGCAAUGAGGCCUCUAACCCAGUAGAACCCACAACUCAGUUCGAAGUGGCUCACGCGAUGGGGAAAACAGUUGCAACUCUGCUGGCCGAUAUGUCGGCGACUGAGUUUGCUGGAGCGUUCCGUGUUCUGGAGGUUGCCACCAACAUUGUGCGUGAACGGAGAGAAGAGAAGGAAACCCAAUCUAAAUCAACAACAUCUAGUGAUGAAGGCAAGAUGACGACCGACGUAAGCGAUCGUUCCAGUGGCGCCGGUGUAGCUCUUUCAGCUGCCAAUGCCUGGUCACGGGCCCUGUAG